AUGGGCACGCCAACACUCGGAUAUGUUGUAGCUGUGUUCACGGCCAUUUCAACGACAAUCUGCCUUGGUUUCGUUGUCUACCUGAUUAAUGAUAUCAACAAUUUCUAUGACGACACUAUAGGAGAACUCGCCGUAUUCAAGGACUUGGCGAAUACAGCGAUACGAAGAGCAGCUAGACAUCACCGCAGAAGUAGACAGACUUCUGAUGAUCGAUGCAACUGCGGUACAAAGGCGCAAAAUUGCCCCACUGGGCCUCAAGGUCCUCCUGGACCCGCGGGAGAACCUGGCGAUGAUGGAAGCCCAGGUGAACCUGGCGAACAGGGCUACGAUGGUAUGGCGAUUUCGGGAGCAGGAGGACCACUUGGUUGCGUAAAGUGCCCUGUAGGUCCUCGAGGGCCGCCAGGGCCACCUGGUCCACCUGGUGAGCAGGGUAUUGAAGGUCCACCUGGAAUGCCUGCACAAAGUGGCGAUGCCGGCGCGCCUGGAGAGCCUGGACCACCUGGAGAUCCAGGACCGGUAGGCCUACCUGGCUCUGACGGCCCACCGGGAACACCUGGCAUGUCUGCACAACAUGGCGUUGGAGAACCUGGACCAGAGGGACCUAUCGGAGCAGUGGGUGUGCCUGGUGCUCCCGGUCCCAAUGGUUCUGAAGGAUUAAUGGGCAUACCCGGUCCAAUGGGACCUCCAGGAAUGCCUGGAAACCCUGGCGAGCCUGGCGCAGACGGAGAACCAGGUCAAAAUGGGCCUGAAGGACUGCCGGGAGAUGAUGCCGAAUAUUGUCCAUGUCCAACUAGAACUGUUGGCCUCGAUGAAGAUGAAGAGGAAGCUCCUGCUGGCGGUCGUGGUAUGCCACCAGGUUUCAAGCCAACAGACGACUCAGCUCCAGAAGGUUCUGCUGCAAAGAGAAGAUCCAAGAAGGGCCAUCAUCGUCAUCAUCGACGUUCGUACCAUAAACGACCAUCGAGAAGGUUGAGAAUGAGGCACUAA